GUUGAUGGGCGGGGGAGGACGGACGAGAGCGGAGAUAAACCCACUCUAAAAGCACUAGGGGAGGGGAGAAAAACAAGGAGAACCCUCGGUCAGUCUUUGCUCGGCUUUGUUUUAAUUUCGCCACCGUAUUAAAUAGAGGGAGGCCAACUCAGGAUGAACGGCGAGUCAGGUGCCGGGGUGGUGACGGCCCCCCCUCCCACCACCGUCCCACACAAGGAGCGGUACUUCGACCGGGUGGAUGAGAGCAGCCCCGAGUACCAGAGGGAGAGAAACAUGGCGCCGGACCUGCGGCAGGACUUCAAUAUGAUGGAGCAGAGGAAGAGGGUCUCCAUGAUCCUUCAGAGCCCCGCGUUUUGUGAAGAGCUGGAGACGAUGAUCCAGGAUCAGCUGAAGAAGGGGAAGACGCCCACCAGUCUGUUGGCCUUGCAGCAGAUCGCAGACUUCAUGACCACCAGCAUGCCUUCCAUGUACCCAGCUGCACCACAAGGAGGCAUGGCAGCACUCAACAUGAGUUUGGGAAUGGUGACGCCAGUCAACGAUCUGCGAGGCUCGGAUUCCAUUUCCUACGACAAGGGCGAGAAGCUUCUCCGCUGCAAACUGGCUGCUUUCUACCGGCUCGCUGACUUGUUCGGAUGGUCUGAGCUCAUCUAUAACCACCUCACAAUCAGAGUGAACUCAGACCAGGAACGCUUCCUCAUCGUUCCCUUUGGGCUCCUUUACAGUGAGGUCACCGCCUCAAGUUUGGUAAAGAUAGAUCUUCAAGGUGAGAUCGUAGACCGAGGAAGCACCAACCUGGGGGUCAAUCAGGCUGGCUUCAUGCUCCACUCCGCCAUCUAUGCUGCACGGCCCGAUGUCAAGUGUAUUGUACAUAUACACACAGCGGCAGGUGCAGCGGUGUCGGCCAUGAAAUGUGGGCUGCUGCCUAUCUCACCCGAAGCUCUGUCCCUCGGGGAAGUGAGCUAUCAUGAUUACCACGGCAUACUGGUGGAUGACGAAGAAAGAGGGAUCAUACAGAAGAACCUUGGGCCGAAGAGCAAGGUUCUCAUCCUCAGGAAUCAUGGCUUGGUGUCAAUUGGAGAAACAGUGGAGGAGGCUUUCUAUUACAUCCACAACCUGGUGACCGCCUGUGAAAUCCAGGUGCGAACACUGGCCAGCGCUGGAGGGCCCGACAAUCUGGUAAUGCUGGACCCUGCAAAGUAUAAAUCAAGGCCACGCGUCCCUGAGCCAGCAGGCGACGGGUCGACAACACACCCCAAGUGGCAAAUCGGGGAGCAGGAGUUUGAGGCUCUCAUGAGAAUGCUCGACAAUUUGGGCUACAGGACGGGCUAUCCUUACCGCUGCCCGGCUCUGCGAGACAAAGGUAAAAAGUACAGUGACACGGAGCUCGCUUCCUCCGCCCACGGCGGUUACUCCUAUGGGGAGGACAGCGACUCAGGCGCUCGCUCCCCGCUGAAACACAGCUUCCAGCGCGGCCAGCGCGACAAGACCCGCUGGGUCAAUGCCGGCAGCCGGCUCGACGAGCCCUGCGAGGACGGGCCCGACGGCACCAGCCCCAAGUCGAAGCCUAAGUGGACUAAAGAAGAAAGCCUUCGCCAGGCUGGAGUAGCCAAUCAAUUUAUCCCACUGAACACCGACCCAAAGGAAGUUCUGGAAAUGAGGAAUAAGAUCCGGGAGCAGAACCUGCAGGACAUAAAGACUGCAGGACCCCAGUCUCAGGUUCUGUGUGCUGGCAAUGUGGUGGAACGGACCUUUAACCAGAGAUUGUCGUUCUUGCAGGAUGCCCCUCUGUCUGACUGUACAGACACUAUUGAUGGCCUUGAUGUGUCCGAGGGGUCCUAUAGUCCUGCUAAAACAAUUAGAAAGGGUGAGCUGGUGACCGCAUCCAAGGCCAUUAUUGAGAAGGAGUACCAACCCAAGGUCAUUAUGAGCAAGACUGGUCCGAACCCCUUCAAUAAGCUGACCGACCAGGAGCUGGAAGAAUACUGCCGGGAAGUGGAGCAGAAACAGAAAGGAGGUGAAGUGCAACAACAGAAGAACAGUAUUAAAGGAUCAAUCUCCAGCGCGCCCGAACCAGAGCCAGAAGCUGCACCGUCUGGUCAAACCACGUUGUCCACUUCUCUUCAUCCAACUGAUUCGUCCAGCUUGGAGGAAGCCCAGCCUCCAGCUUCUUCUCGGGGGCCUCCUGCCCCCCAGCCUGAUCGCGGCGGUGCCGAUUCUGCAGCGACGGUAGCAGGUGAUGCGCGCUCAGCAGGAGACGAGGUGUUGUCGACUCCUGAUUCCCCACACAAGGAGUUCCACAGCGCCGUGGUGCGAGCCCUCGUCAAGAGCCCGCCGGCUGUGGAAGCGGCAGAGGGAGGUCGGGCCGCAGAUCCAGAGCAACAAGUAGAGGCUGAGGACGACGACAAAGACCCGAGACCCACAUCCACACCACCGAGUACUCCCGUCAGAGCAGAAGAAGGCGUGUCCUUUACCAGGUACAGCAGUGCUUUGAGUGAAGCUUUCCAACCAAACUGGCUGCUGUCGGUUUAGCUUGAAACCUGGUUGUUGAAGGCUGGCUGUUUGCUCAUCGGUCUCCAGUUUCUGUCUGUCUGUGGUGUUUGACCUUUUCGCUGUUCCGACUGACUCGAGUUGUUACAUGAAGACGCUGCUAAAAGCUCUCUAUGGUCUCGUUUCACACUGGUCUCUCUCUUUCGCAUGGGCUAUAUACUAAAAAAAGAAUAACGUUGUUGUUGUCUGGCAGCUUUUGGGACUGUUGCGGAUGCUGUUUGUUGUUUUCAAGCUGACUUCUGACGUCUGUCUUUGAAGUAUUUUUUGAAUGGGGCUAUGGAUGGAUUGACAGAAAAAAUGUUUUUCAUGAAAUUUCCUGAAAUCUUUUAUACAGACAAUCUCAUCUACAAAUCGGGCUGCUCAGUAUGGAAAAAAAUAUUUUAAUCAGUAGUGACAUCAUCUAUUUAAAAUUAGGUCUUGUUGAAUUUGAUUACAAAAAAGUAUAUUGCACUUGAAGAACAGUGAAAUGACAUUUCCCCUGAUUCCCUCUUGUCGAUGUUUACCUGACAAUGUUUAUUCAAAUAUAGAAUAUAUA